ACUUACUCGAGAGGAAUGUUUCUCAUUAGUGACAAAUUGUCAAAUUUUAUUGCAGCUGGUUGCCAGGACGUUACCCUAUUGGCUCAAUUUGUUUCUGAACCAUCACCUGUAAAAUCGACCGUGACAAAAGCUGUGGCAGAGUUUCGACGUACUCAUGCGGACACGUGGAACGUUCAGAAAGAUUCUUUCACUGAAGAACAACUUGAGGUCCUGGCUGAUACAUCAUCAUCCUCAUCCUACUUCGCUUGAGAUUCAUGGUUUGCCUUAAAUGAGAGAUAGAAUAAAAAGAUAAAUCGACAAGAAUAAUAGACAUUCAUUUUUUGAGUUUUGGCCAUUGAUGAAUUGUAUCCCCUGUUUAUUCUUCAUUCUGUUGUUCUUCUGAUAAUGAUGACAACUUUUUGGCUCGGCCUCUUUAGAUAUUACAAAAAUCUACUUUCGCU